ACGGUUUGUAUCGCUAUGUGGCAUACCUGGCCGACUUCGAGGACUCUUCUAACGCUGUUAGCGAGCACACAUGAAACGUGGAACAGGGAGAAGUUUCAAAAUCCAACGUUGGAGAAAGUCCUCGAGGAGCGGCUGGACAACAGGGUCGACGGCAUGGUCGAGACCGGUCUUGUUCAGGAACUGCUCGACUUUCAUCGGAGGUACAACGAGCAACGGUUCAACUCCAACACGGCGGCCGAUUAUACGACAGGCAUCUUUCAGAGCAUCGGCUUCAAAGAGUUUCACGAUUACCUCGUGCUGUCUGAAGAGGAGAGGCAAGAGAAAAAGGGUGAAGAAUUACUGAAAAAAGGCAUCGACGAUUUAAAAUUGGUCACCAAAAGAUACGCGAAGAAACAGGAGAAGUGGAUAAUGAAUCGGUUAAUUCGUCGUAGUGAUAGACAGGUACCGAUUUAUGCUUUGGAUUGCACGGACUUAAGUCAGUGGAACGCUCGCGUGUACGAUCCGGCGAUAGCCAUAAUCGAAGCUGUGUUGAGAGGUGAAAAACCAGAACAGAAGCCUUUGAACGAAAUUGUCCAGGAUAAGAAAUGGACAGACAGCAGUAACGAAGAGACUCAUUUUUGCGAAGUUUGCGACAAGAUAUGCGUUGGAGAGUUUCAGUGGACCAAUCAUUUGAAUGGCUCGAAGCAUUACAGGGCUCUAAAGAGGAAAAAGAGAUUGGAGCAAAAGGAACAACAAAAUAAUGUUGAACAGAAUCAUCAAAUUUGAAUAUUGUCAUUUGCAUGCUGUGAUUUCGUUAAAUAAGUUAAGGUACAAUAUAUAUAUAUAUAUUGUUACAUACAUUUUUUUGUAUUAUGUAAUAUAAAAGAGAUUCGAAUAUUUA